AUGGCAUCUCCAUUCGCUAAAAAGAUAGCAGAACCAGCACUAGACACAUAUUGUAAAGCUUGCAAAAAAAAAUUCAGCAAUGAGCCUACAUUCACCAACCAUUUAAAGAGUGCAAAGCACAUUGCCAAUGAAAAGAAGCUCAAGCCGACAUCCAAAGGUCCUGCCAACAGUCAAAAGCUAGCAGUUCAUCCCAAAGUCCAAGAGGCACUCAGUAUGCUGGAUCAGGCUGAGAAAUCAGGUAAUGCCACCGUUGCGUUGACAACCUAUUGGACUCAGGCACAAACAUUGUACGCAUUGAAACGACCACAGUAUACCGAGAAAGCAUUGCGCAUGUUGAUUGACCUGAUAAGCACCUCGCCUACUACGACAUUCUUACCUGCACAAAUCACCUCGUUCUUGUACAAUGCUCGAUUAGCACUCGCUCGAUUACUGUGUAUCUAUCAACAAUUGGAUGGUGCUAGAAGCGUCUACUUGGAUGCUCUUGCAAGCAAAUGGAAACUGGAGACACCCGAGUUACUUGACAUUGCUCGCCGUAUUCGUAUAUUAUCGAUACAAGACUUGUUGGACGCAUGCGAUCAAUUAGCGAUCAAAUACUUGACUCGAGAAAGAAAUAGAACAAAACCAGCACCAGCAUUGACAGAUGCCAACAACUCAAUUGCCUCCAUUCUAUGCGAGGCAGCGCAUUUAUUUGCGCAAGAAGGCCAGCAAUGCCAAAGCGUAUUGUCUGAGCACGUUGCUAUCGUUCUGUAUGCAACGUGCUCACUCGUAUGUCCUUACGAACCAACUUUUGGAAUCACAAAAGACGAUAUUUACUAUUUAAUGAUACAAGUGUAUACAUCAUUGGAAGAUUUAGACUAUAAAAUUGUGGAUAUAUACGCAUUGGACUCUGCGCAUGUUUGGCACAUGUUUAAUGCCUUGUUAAUAGCCAUCGAAAUAGACGAUCUUGUUCGUGCACAGACAAUUGAAGCCAGCCUAAAGCAACUAGUAUACCCAGAUGUGCAACUCCUAUGCAGUUUAUACAAACAGAGGUCUUCAUUGAGCAUUGGCCACGACACUUUACAACAGCAGCUGGAUUUCGUCAUUUUGUUACUGGAACAAACGCAAGAUCCACUUGCGAUACGAAAUCAGACCCAUAAAGAACAGCUGGAUAUAAUAGACAGAAUUCGAAAUUGCAUCUAG